AUGGCCCCGGAAAUACUGCAGUUCCAAAAGUACGACGCCAAGGCUGACCUGUGGAGCGUGGGCACCAUCCUGUUUGAGUUGCUGACCGGGCGCCCCCCCUUCAACGGCACCAACCACGUGCACCUGCUGCGCAACAUUGAGCGAGGCGAGGCGCGCCUGCCGGAGCACGUCGCCGCGCGGCUGGGCGGCAGCUGCCGCGCCCUGGUCGGGCAGCUGCUCAAGCGCAACCCCGUGCAGCGGCUGUCGUUCGAAGAGUUCUUCCAGCACCCGUUUCUGGCGGGACACACAGGGGCCGGCGGAGGUGAAGGCACGGGUGGGCCGCACCAGCAGCCUCGCGACGGCGUCGGCGCGGCGCAGGCGCAGGCACGUGGCGUGCCGCCGCCGGCGCCGCCGCUGAUUGUGCGGCCGCAGCUGCAGCAGCACGCUGCAGCAGGGCACGCCGCGCAGGCCGCAGCGGCGGCGGCGGCGCCGCCGGCUGAGGCGCGACAGCCCGCGGCGGCGCAGCAGCUGCCGCCAGUUCCGGCGGGGGCCCCCGUUCAGCAGCAGCAGCAGCAGCAGCAGCAGCAGCAGCAGAGGCAGCACGCGCUGCAGCCCGCGCAGCACCACCCCCUGCAGGGCAGCGGCAGCGCCCACGGCGCCACCGGCAGCGCCCACCACGCACGCCACCUCUCGGACUCGUUCGAGCACGAUUUCGUCUUUGGGCAAUAG